UACGCUUGAUGGUUGCUUCUUCUCGACUUCAUUCUAAAUACCAUCCUACUCCAGCCCUCCUCUCUCUGCUUCACCGGCGGCCGACCAGUGCCUCAGCUAACAACCCCACCCACAUCACCAUGGACUGCUUGCUGAGCUCGCUGGCGCCAACCGGCCGAUGUGACCAAAUACCGACCUCAGAGAACUUCGGUGCCGCCAAAGCGGGCGCUACCCAGAGCCUUAGAACUCCACUUGUCAAUAAUGUCAGCGGUGACGCUAGUGAGGACGAGAAUCAAGACGAUGAUGGUAGUCUCGAUGGCCGCAUAGAGCUGGUCGCCGGCGCGCCUUCCAAGCCUCGGAAGAUAUCCGAGAAAAGGCGAGCUGACAAUGCCAUCUUCGAGAGCUGGGUGGAGAAGAACAAAGUUCGCCUUUCCCAGGGCUCGAGCAACGCAAAGUCCAAUGACAAAGCAGGCAGCACAGAACUUGGGUCUGAUCCCACAGCUGAUAAACCGUCCAGGUCUCAGGGAAUGAGAAUCAUCGAGGGACCCAGGGAGUAUCAGAUCGAGCUGUUCGAGAGGGCCAAGCAGAAAAACACGAUCGCUGUCCUUGACACUGGCACCGGAAAAACCCUGAUCUCCAUCCUGCUCAUCAGACACAUCAUCGAGAAGGAGCUUGAGACACGCUCUCAGGGCAAGGAGAAUAGGGCCACAUUCUUCCUGGUCGACAAGGUCACUCUCGUCUGGCAACAGACAAAACAGCUACACUCCAACCUCGAUUUCGCGAUCACCGGCAUCCAUGGAGACUCUGUGACCCACCUCUGGAAUGACAUUGAAUACUGGCAAAAGCUCAGGAGCGACAACAUGGUGAUCGUGUGCACGGCCGAAAUCCUCUAUACUUGCCUUGCUCGAGGCUACAUCAACAUGCGGCAGAUCAACCUUCUCGUUUUUGAUGAGGCUCACCACACUAAAAAGAACCACCCCUACGCCAGGAUCAUCAAGGACUUCUAUGUUACUGAGGAAGACCCUGAUGCGCGGCCUCGCGUGCUGGGCAUGACAGCUUCGCCAUUCGACACCAAGACCAUACACAUUGAGAAGGCUGCCUCGGAACUUGAGCGCCUUCUGCACAGCGAAAUAGCGACAAUCGCCGACGAUGAGCUGCUCAAGGCCAUUGGCAACAGAGCUGAGGAGCGCAAUGUGCCAUACGCCUUUCUGCCUCACAGAGAGCCAACCGAUCUUUGCAAGAAACUGGAGACUCUGCUCAGAUCCCACAGCCAGUUCAAGAAGGCCUUUUCCACCGCCAAGAUUGUAGCAAGCGAGCUGGGCCCAUGGUGCGCUGACAGACUCUGGGAGCUAAAGUUCCAAGACGACAGCGGGCUGGAGGGCCGAGCCGAGAGCAACAGCAGGCGCGAGAACAGCGAAUGGCAAAUGUGCGAGACUGAUCAACUUGGCGACCUGCGCGAGGCGGCCUUGAUCGUCAAAAACAGCGCGCUCGGGCCUCCUCAGGAUGACGGCCUUUCCAGCAAGACACUCAAACUGCUGGAGAUUCUCGAGGAGAACUUCUGCUCUGAGACCUCUACGCAAUGCAUCGUCUUCGUCGAACGUCGCGAUGUGGCCGUGCUUCUGACAGACCUGGUCCAGAACCCUGCUAUGAGUGUCAGGUUCCCCUAUCUGAACGCCGCAUACCUGAUUGCCUCGGGUCGGGGCGACUCGCACACGUCCAUCUCCAAUAAGAAACAGGAGGCGACGGUCUGGUCGUUCCGCCUGAGGGAGCUCAACUGCCUCUUCGCAACAUCCAUCGCGGAGGAGGGCCUGGACAUUCCCGGAUGCAACCUGGUCAUCCGGUUUGAUCUCCACAAGACAACAAUCCAAUACAUCCAAUCUAGGGGCCGUGCGCGCAUGGCCGGCUCUGUCUUCAUUCAGAUGACGGAAAUGGGAAAUCAGGAUCAUAUGAGGAGCUGGUACCAGCACCAGGCCGACGAGAGAACCAUGCGCCAGUUCUGCGCUGCGCUUCCCGAGGAUCGAAUCCUACAGAGAAUCGGUGCCGACGUAGAUUCUGCCCUGCAUGGAGACCAAGGCCAGAGAGUCUAUGUCGUUCCUGAGACGGGUGCCAGGCUGACAUACAAACAUAGCCUCAAUGUGUUGGCCGAAUACGUGGGCACCCUUCCAGUGAACGUGGAGGGACUGAGCUUCGGGCCAGAGUAUACCGUCAUCCCCGUCAUUGGCGGAUUCCAGGGUGAAGUCCUUCUGCCGGAGUCUUCGCCACUGAGGAGCGCCACGGGCAGCAUCCAACGCUCAAAAGCGGUUGCCAAAUGCUCAGCAGCCUAUGCCAUGUGCAUCUCGCUCAUCGAGGCAGGCUAUCUAGAUGCCUACCUCAAGUCAACCUUCAGGAAGGUCCUGCCGCUGAUGCGAAACGCCCGUCUCGCUGUCAGCUCCAAGAAGAAGGCCCAGUACGACAUGCAGACGAAGCCCGAUAUGUGGUCUGAUCUCGGGACUGCUUCCAGGUUGUUCGCCACGGCGCUGGUUCUUACGAACCCGGAGGCCUUGCUGCAAGACUCGAGGCCUCUUCUCCUCCUCACCAGAAAGCCCAUUCCGCAAGUUGCUUCCAUUCCUCUGUUCAUCGCCAAACGCCGGCGAUCCGACGUCCAGUGUAUACCCUUACCGCCGAUGGAGACGACCGAAGCUGGUCUACUCGGCCUCAGCAGCUUCACCUUUUGCAUUUUUAGAGACGUCUUCAGCAAAGACUUUGACGGAACCGCUGCGGAUCUCCCUUACUUCCUCGCGCCCGUUAUGAAGGGCCAUGAGCAUGCAUUUUCGGAGACGGUCGAUUCACACGCGCUAGUUGACUGGCCAGCUAUCGACGCCAUCCAGACCCCCAACGCUAUGCCCGACAGCAACAGCGAGCCAGACGAGUUCUUCCAGCACAAGUUUGUGGCAGACCCGUUCGAUGGAUCCCGCAAAUUCUUCAUGAGCAGGGUCCGCCGGGACUUGACGCCUCAAGACAAGGUCCCAGAGGACGUCCCAGCGCCAGCUCACAGAAGCUGGCGGACGGCGGAGCACACAAUCCUGAACUACAGUGUCAGCCUCUGGUCGAAGUCUCGUGAUGCAAUCAUCCCACGGCUUCGGAAGGAUGCACCGGUCGUCGAGGCCGAGCUAGUCUCGCUUCGUCGUAAUCUGCUCGACCAGAACGACGCGGAGACUGCGGUGCCCCAGCGGACCUGCUUCCUGGUUCUGGAGACGCUACAGAUAUCCCGACUGCCUGUUGAGGUCGUAUCCAUGGCCUACAACUUCCCAGCCAUCAUCUACCGUCUCGAAAACAACUUGAUCGCACUUAACUGCUGCAACCUGUUGGGUCUGAGCAUCCGCCCUGACCUUGCCCUGGAGGCGGUGACCAAGGAUAGCGACAACUCAGAUGAGCCGGACGAGGCACCCGUCAAUUUUCAAGGCGGCAUGGGCAAAAACUACGAACGUCUUGAGUUCCUCGGCGACUGCUUCCUCAAAAUGGCCACCACAAUUGCGCUCUUCACGCUCAUGGCGGGAGACGAGUUCGAGUACCACGUGGAGCGCAUGACGGACAUCUGCAACAAGAACCUGCUCAACGUGGCCCUCGAUAUGGGUCUGCAGAAGUACAUCCGGUCCAAGUCGUUCAACCGCAGAACCUGGUACCCGUCGGGCCUGACUCUGCUCAAGGGAAAGCGUCUCGAGGCGGAUGCCACGCACUCGCUCGGGGACAAGUCCAUCGCCGACGUCUGCGAGGCCCUCAUCGGGGCGGCCUACUUGACGGGGCGGGAGCGCAACAGCUUUGACAUGGCCGUUAAGGCGGUCACCCUGCUAACGCGCAGCCAGACGCACACGAUGAAGUCGUUUGCCGAGUACCGCGCGGCCUAUGUCAAGCCCGAGUGGCAGACGGUGCCGGCUUCGCGGCUUCAGCUGGAGUUGGCGCGGCGGAUCAAGGAGAAGAUGGGGUACGAGUUCAAGGACGCGCGCCUGCUGCGGUCCGCCUUCAUGCACCCGUCGUACCCGCGCGUCUACGAAAACAUCCCGAGCUACCAGCGGCUCGAGUUCCUGGGCGACGCGCUCCUCGACAUGACGUGUAUCGACCACCUCUUCGGCCGCUUCCCGGACCGCGACCCACAGUGGCUGACGGAGCACAAGAUGGCCAUGGUGUCGAAUCAGUUCUACGGCUGCCUCGCCGUCGAGCUCGGCUUCCACCGCCACGUCGUCUGCCUCAAGACGCAGCUGCAGGGCCAGAUCGCCGACUGGGUCGACCGGCUGGGCGAGCGCCGCCGCCGCGCCGAGCAGGCCGCCGUGGACGCGGGCCGCCCUGCGGCCGACUUUGCCCGCAACUUCUGGGUAGACAUGGAGCACCCGCCCAAGUGCCUCCCGGACGUGCUCGAGGCCUACGUGGGCGCGCUCUUCGUCGACGCGGGCUACGACUACGGCGCCGUCGAGGCCUUUUGGGCCGAGCACGUGCGGCCCUGGUUCGCCGACAUGGCCGCCUACGAUACCUACUCGGCCCACCACCCCGUCACGCACCUCAACAGCAUCCUGGUGCACCAGCUCGGCUGCACGCACCACCGCCUGCUCGUGCGCGAGAUCGCCGACACGGCGUCGGGCGAGGCCGUCGUCGCGGGCGCCACGCGGGUCGUCGCCGCCUGCCUCGUCCACGGCGAGGUGCGCUGCCACGCCGCCUCGGCCAGCGGCCGCUACGCCAAGCUCGCCGUGGCCAGGAAGGCCAUCGCCAUGUUCGGGGACAUGGGCCCGGCCGAGUUCCGCCGCCUGACCGGCUGCGACUGCAGGCCCGGCCAGGACGGCGGUUUGGCCGUCGAGGAGGACGAUGGGGACGAACGGCGGUGACGGGCGCGCCGAGGGGGUGGUCGGCGCACGGUCCUAGGGCGCCACCGGCGCGGGCUCGGAAGGUGGGCGAGGGAAUGGGUGUGGAUAGAAUGGCGUACGCAGGGAGGCUGCCGACGCAGCCCUCGCUGACCACUGGCUGCUGGUAAUCUAGUAGGUAGACGUGGCAACAGAUCUCUCUCGCUCGGAGGGCAGUCUCACUCAGACUUCUUCAGCGUGAAUACAGAAAUAUCCGGUUGAGGAUGAACAAGC